GAUCCACAACCACAAGGCAUCAACGACGGCCGAGCACCAGCGCGAGCCGCCAACGCUUUAUGUACUGGACUCGGGGUGGAAGUCCAACUUCCGACAGGGCGAAGGAGUGUUGGGUCUCAUGCCCCAAGCACAAAGCCCAAACAUAAACCCUAGCGUAACAGCCUUCAAGCCUCGCCAGGUUCUUCUGCUUUCAAAGCAACAGAACAUGAAGCAGCGCAAGGGUUCUUCUUCUUCUCCCAAAACCCAGGAGAAUGGCUCCAACACCCAUUCGUCCGACCAGAAUGUCCUUCUUCUCAACUCCGUAUUCCUUUAUCUUCAACGUCAUGGCUUCUCCAAAACCCUCAAAUCCUUUCGCUCUGAAGCAAAUAUCGAGAGUGGUGGACUGGAGUGUUGCUCCCUGGAUUUGGAAGAAAUGUGCCAUCAAUACCUCAAGUCAUGUAAUCAUGCUGGCAAAGUUUUCAAGAGUCAGGAGCGGGAUUUGAAGAUGGAUGUGACUUUGAAGGAUGAUGGAGAGUGCACACAUGUUGCUUCUGCGGAGACCAAUGGUAAGAAAAAGAAAAAGAGGAGCGAGGGGAGUGACAGUAGAGCAGUUGAUGGGAUUGAAGCUGCUAAUGAAGUUUCUAAGGUUAAGAAUUCUGACGAGACAUGUACAAAUAAUCUGGUUCCUGAAUUAGAGAUAAAAUCUAAAGAAAAGAAGAAGCGAAAACAGAUAUCUUAUUUUUUUGGUCAUGGAAUUGAACAACUCAGUCCCGAAGCAGUAAAGGCAUGUGAUGAUAAUAUUGUGGGCAAAUUACAAUUGGAUGAUUCCAGUAAGAAAUGCAAGGGCAAAAGGAAAAAGAAAAGCAAGUUGGUUUUUGAAUCUCUUGAUUAUAAUGUAGAUCAUCACCAAUUAGAACCAUUGCCUGAGGUAACUGAAGAAAAAUCUAAGGAUUUAGCACCCUCAGAAGGAAAGAGUAUGACUGAGCAUGAGACAAACAUUAAGUCUAAAGAAAAUAAGAAAAAGAACAGGAAAACUUCCAAUUUUCUUGGUCUCAAUGUUAAGCAACAUGGUUUGGAGGACAAGAAAGAGGCUAUUGGAACACAAGUUAAGGAUUUUGAGGGUUCAAGAGAUUCCCACAUAGAUAAUGCCGCAGCAAUGAAUACUUUGGACACCUUGUUGGAAGAGAAUGGGAAAUCUAAAGUUAAGCGAAAGAGUAAGAGUUUGGAUUUGGAAGGAUUAUGCGAUAGGCAUGAAGCGGAAUUUGAUAAAGAAAAAUCUAAAAGAAUCUAUUCUGAAAAGGUUGAUUUCCAAAAUUCAGAGGAAAACAUUUCUAAGAAAGAAGUAAAGUGUUCCAAGAAAAGAAAACAGUUAGCCUAUGAAGAAAAUGAUUAUCUGCCUAUUGAUGAAGUAAAUCCUGGAGAACUCAAAGGCAGGAAUAUUGAAAGUGAGAAAGAAGUCAAUGAAAGUGGGCACAUCACAAUGAUAAAUGGGUUCUCUGUAAGUGUUGGUUUUACUGGUAAAGAAACUAAAGAGGAAAAUGAUCAAUCUCAAAAAACAUCUGAAAAGCAGCUUCACACACGUGGAAAUGGGAUCUUUGACAAUAACAGAGGAGAAAAGUCUUCCUCACAAAAAACUGCAAAGAAGCUGCAUAAUGGAUCAGUUGAGCCCAAGUCAGUCAAUGCUUUUCAAAGAGUGAAGAUUGAUGAGGAUGGUGCAGAGAUUGGCUAUGGAGCUAAAGCACAAGAAGUUUUGGGGCAGGUUAGAGGAAGGGAUUUUCGGCAUGAGAAGACAAAGAAGAAGCGUGGGAGCUACAGAGGUGGCCAGAUUGAUCUGCAAUCCCGAUCUGUAAAAUUCAAUUAUUCUGACGAGGAUUGAUGAUAAAAUUCAAUUUUGAUGAUUGAUGGAUGGGUAACUGUUCGUGUGGCAAUUCCUUUCGAUCUUAUCCUAUUACUUUUUAAAAGAAAACAAAAAAGUAAUGUGGUGUAUUUGCAAUUUUUUUUUUAGAAAAUUUAAAAUAAAACAUGUGAACUCAUUUUUGACGAGAAGUGUUGGAAAGAACUGGUGGUUGUAUGGGAUUGUUUUCAACUAAAAGUUAUUUUAUACUGAGACUAA